AUGGCUCUGUUAGUGUCGUCGUUGCGACCAGUAGCAGCGUUUCCCAGCGGGCUCGCUUCACUAGCGAUAGCUCGUAAUCAGUUGACAGUAACGGCAGCAGUAGCAGCUGGUAUUAGUCGAGUUAGUCCAUAUAUUUUACAGUCGAGAAAUCUGAGGACAGAGUUUAAAGCAGAGAAACCGGAAAAAAUCAAACUUCUGGACCGGCCAAUUGGAUCGACGAAACCACCAGGGGCUCUUGAUAACCAGGGCAUUGAUACUAGAACCGCUCAAGAACGUAAAGAGCAGAUGAGAGAUUACCAGAGACAUCUUCGUCGAAGAGAGGAGUUGAAACAAGAGUUUGCCAAGUCCAGUUUUGAGGAUAUCUACCAAUUCCGAGACACGGGAGGCAAAUUCUGGGUGGCUCCAGGAGCGUAUUUCAAGCAAGAACGGUCUUUAUACCUUCCCAAUUUCUGGGGUAGAACUCUAGCAACAUUUGAAAAGUCAGGAUCCACUGCUGUUUUGAAAGAUAAGAUCUCAAUUGUGCGAGUGUUCUCGUCACAUGCUGGCGAACAGCAGCUUCAAACGUAUUUUGACGGCGACGUGAACACGAUCAAGGAAGACGGGUUUCAAAUCGUGGAUAUCAAUGUUCCCGACAGUUUUGUCAAGGAAUUCUUUGUGAAGAUGUUUCUAAGAAAACUGCGCAAGUCGCUUCCCGACUCGAGCCGUCACGCCCGCUACUUCAUCUCUCGCAAAGGCGUGACCCCCGAGCUCCGGCAGUCCAUCCUUGCCGAAAACAUCUACGGCGGAUACCUCUACCUCGUGGACGGCAACUGCAAAAUCCGGUGGGCGGCAGCAGGCCCUGCCACCCCUGACGAGAAAACCAAUCUCUGGAAGUUCGUGCGGGCCCUCCAAACCGAGCGCAAUCUGUAA